ACGCCAAAGAUUGGAAGAGUUGAAAGCAGCACAGAUGAAGGCCAGGUUUGGAGAGGUCACAGAGAUCAGCAAAGCUGACUAUGUGACGGAGGUCACCAAUGCAGGGGAGGGUGUCUGGGUGGUGCUUCACGUAUACAAAGAUGGCAUCCCACUGUGUAAGCUUGUCAACAAUUAUCUACAGAACCUAGCAAGAAAAUUCCCUCAAACAAAAUUCCUCAGAAGUGUGUCAUCUGUGUGUAUACCCAACUACCCAGACAAGAACCUGCCAACGAUCUUCGUCUACUUUGAGGGAGACUUAAAGAAACAAUGGAUAGGUCCUUUUGCCUUGGGUGGCAUGAAUCUGAAACAAGAUGAAUUGGAGUGGAUGUUGGCACAAGCAGGAGCUAUCCCUUCAGACAUAGAGAAACCAGAGCGGCCAGAGAUUCAUGAUGUCAUGACUUCAGCAAUACGACAGAGCCGGAUAGAUAACAUUGAUGAUAGUGAUGAUGACUAG